AUGGCCUUCCGUCUCCUCCCCCUCCUCCCCCAAGACGUCCCCCACUGCGUCUCCAUCUACUUCGCCGCCUUCCAAAACGCGCACUCGCUCGCCUGCUGGCCCCGCGACGUCCCCGCCGUCCGCGAAUGGUGGGAGCGAAUGCUGUACGACGAGCUCGAGGAGCCGGGGGCGUGGUGGUUGAAAGUUGUUCUUGUUGAGGAGGGAAUGGAGGGGACGGGGGAGGUGGUGUGCGGGUUUGGGAAAUGGGUAGAGCCGAAACCAGGCGUCUUCCCAGAGACGGAUUUGCCGCAGUGGCCUGAAGGAGCGGAUAAAGCGCUGUGUGAGGAGACGUUUGGCGCGUGGGCGAGGAGGCGGAGGGAGUUGAUGGGGGAUAGGGGACAUUGGUACCUCGAGAUCGUAGCAACAUCCCCCACCCACCAAGGCAAAGGCGUCGGCUCCAAACUCAUGCGCUGGGGCCUCGAGCGCGCAGACGCACAGGGCAUGGAGGCCUAUCUUGAAGCCUCGCCGGAAGCUGUGCCGUUGUAUGAGAAGUUGGGGUUCAGGGAGGCGGAUAGGAUCGAUACACUUAUUAGGAAUGAGAGGGUGGAGGGGGUGUGGUAUCGGAAUCUGUUUAUGAUACGGCAGCCGGUGAUGCAAGGGCGGGAAGCUGAGAGAUGA